AGAGGCUGUUGCUUCGACUUCGGAGAAGAGACGAGAAAGCUUUUCAGAAAGCGUGGCGGCUGCAUCUGGCACAGGGAACGUUGGGGCUCCCUCCUGGGGGCUGUCAGUGCCCUGUCACCUGGGGAGUACCUGCUGCGGGGAGUAGGCGGGGGACCUACAGUCCGGGAGUAGGAACUCCCUGGCUGUUCUUCCCAGCCAAGAGCGUGGCGCCGAGGAGCCGGCACGGCCUCGCAGGUGUUAUUAGUUCGACUGCGGCGCCGCGACCUCGCGUUGAGACGCGAUCUGCAUUGCCAGAAAACCAAAGCUAUGAAUUUAAAAUUAGGAAGAAAUAUGCCUAUAAAGUCAUAUUGAACCUGAAACAAAUUGAUCAUACUUAACGUUAGCCCCAAGAACCCAGCAACAGUGAAAAUACAGAGAUUACAAUUUUCUAAUACAAUGGCAACCCCACGGGGGAGGACAAAGAAAAAAGCACCUUUUGAUCAUUCUCCAGAUAGCCUUCCUUUGAGGAGCUCCGGUAGGCAGGUGAAGAAAAAGGCCACAGAGACGGCAGACGAGGAUGAAGAUGGUGGGUCAGAGAAGAAGUACAGGAAAUGCGAAAAAGCCGGCUGUACAGCCGCGUGUCCCGUGUGCUUUGCCAGCGCUUCUGAAAGAUGUGCCAAAAAUGGCUACACAUCCCGGUGGUAUCACCUCUCCUGUGGGGAGCAUUUCUGUAAUGAAUGCUUUGACCAUUACUAUAGAAGCCAUAAGGAUGGAUAUGACAAAUAUACUACAUGGAAAAAAAUAUGGACUAGCAAUGGAAAAACUGAACCUAGCCCCAAGGCUUUCAUGGCAGACCAGCAGCUUCCCUACUGGGUUCAAUGUACAAAACCUGAGUGUAGGAAAUGGAGGCAACUUACCAAGGAAAUCCAGCUGACUCCACAGAUAGCAAGGACGUACCGAUGUGGUAUGAAACCAAAUACUGCUGUUAAGCCUGAGACCUCAGAUCAUUGUUCCCUUCCAGAGGAUCUCAGAGUGUCGGAAGUUUCCAACCAUUGGUGGUACUCCAUGCUCAUCCUACCUCCUUUGCUGAAAGAUAGCGUGGCAGCACCCCUGCUCUCUGCCUACUACCCCGACUGCGUUGGCAUGAGCCCAUCCUGCACCAGCACGCACCGCGCGGCCAGCGAUGCCAGUCCUGGGAAGCUGGAGCACUCCAAGGCAGUCCCCUGUGUGCUGGUUCCAGGCAUGAACCGGUACUUCCAGCCUUUCUACCAGCCCAACGAGUGCGGCAAAGCCUUGUGCGUGAGGCCAGACGUGAUGGAGCUGGACGAGCUCUAUGAGUUCCCAGAGUAUUCCCGAGACCCCACCAUGUACCUGGCUCUGAGGAACCUCAUCCUCGCCCUGUGGUACACUAACUGCAAGGAAGCUCUUACUCCUCAGAAAUGUAUUCCUCACAUCAUCGUCCGGGGUCUCGUGCGCAUCCGAUGUGUUCAGGAAGUGGAGAGGAUACUUUAUUUUAUGACGAGGAAAGGUCUCAUCAACACAGGAGUUCUCACCGUCGGCACCGACCAGCAUCUUCUUCCUAAAGAUUACCACAACAAAUCAGUCAUCAUUAUUGGAGCUGGUCCAGCAGGAUUAGCAGCUGCUAGGCAACUGCAUAACUUUGGAAUUAAGGUGACUGUCCUGGAGGCCAAAGACAGAAUUGGAGGCCGAGUGUGGGAUGAUAAGUCUUUCACAGGCGUCACAGUGGGACGAGGAGCCCAGAUUGUCAACGGCUGUAUUAACAACCCAGUAGCACUAAUGUGUGAACAACUUGGCAUCAGCAUGCAUAAAUUUGGAGAAAGAUGUGACUUAAUUCAGGAAGGUGGAAGAAUAACUGACCCCACUAUUGACAAGCGCAUGGAUUUUCAUUUUAAUGCUCUCUUGGAUGUGGUCUCUGAGUGGAGGAAGGAUAAGACUCAGCUCCAAGAUGUCCCUUUAGGAGAAAAGAUAGAGGAGAUCUACAAAGCUUUUAUUAACGAGUCUGGAAUCCAGUUCAGUGAGCUGGAGGAGGAGGUCCUUCAGUUCCAUCUCAGUAACCUGGAAUAUGCCUGUGGCAGCAGCCUCCAUCAGGUGUCUGCUCGCUCCUGGGACCACAAUGAAUUCUUUGCCCAGUUUGCCGGUGACCACACCCUCCUCACUCCCGGAUACUCCGUCAUCUUGGAAAAACUGGCAGAGGGACUGGACAUUCGGCUCAGAUCUCCAGUGAAGAGUAUUGAUUAUUCUGGAGAUGAAGUGCAAGUUACCACUACAGAUGGGACAGAGUGUACAGCACAAAAGGUGUUAGUCACUGUGCCCCUGGCCUUACUGCAGAAAGGUUCCCUUCAGUUUAAUCCACCGUUGUCAGACAAGAAGAUGAAGGCUAUCAACAGCUUAGGUGCAGGCAUCAUUGAAAAGAUUGCCUUGCAAUUUCCCUAUAGAUUUUGGGACAGUAAAGUUCAAGGGGCUGACUUUUUUGGUCACGUUCCUCCUAGUGCCAGCAAGCGAGGGCUUUUUGCCGUGUUCUAUGACAUGGAUCCCCAGAAGCAGCACAGCGUGUUGAUGUCGGUGAUCGCGGGGGAGGCGGUGGCGGCCGUCAAGAGCCUGGAGGACAAGCAGGUGCUGCAGCAGUGCAUGGCCACCCUGCGCGAGCUCUUCAAGGAGCAGGAAGUCCCAGAUCCCACGAAGUAUUUCGUCACCCGGUGGAGCACAGACCCCUGGAUCCAGAUGGCAUACAGCUUCGUGAAGACAGGGGGCAGUGGUGAGGCCUACGACAUCCUUGCUGAGGAAAUACAAGGAACCAUCUUUUUUGCUGGCGAGGCAACAAACAGGCAUUUUCCACAAACUGUUACAGGGGCAUAUUUGAGUGGUGUUCGAGAAGCAAGUAAGAUUGCGGCAUUUUAAACAGAAUUUAUCUGGACCCAGCUUUCUUCUCCCAAAUGGGAGAGUCUGAAAAACAUGUUAAACCUCACUUUGAUAAAGUCAAACAAAAAAUCCUCUCUGGGUAGCAAAACUGAAAUGUUCUAAGGUGGCAUGGUAAUGUAAACCCAUUUUACCACUCUGAAAGCACUAGCCCCAAGAAUCCUUCUGUAAGCACUUAUAUUUAAUGGCAUUUUCCAUAGGUCUGACUAGCACUAAAUCUUCCGGAUCUCAGAAUAAGGCAGAAUAUAACCUUAAAUUAAGACCUUGGAUAUGAUCCUUCCAUGGUUGGAGAUUCCCUUUAAAUCUGACAUUUUUUUGGCUGACCAAUUUUCACACAUUGAGAAACCAAGUCAAUCAAGCAGGAUUAAAAAAAAAAAAAAGCCAUGUACUUUUCCUCUAUGACAAUUUAUCAGUAUCUUUGCCAAUGAGCCUUAAGAGUUUUAUGUAGCUCCAAUAUUGAGCUUUUACUUAAAAUUUAGAUAGAAAUCUUUCCGUUUUGAAUACAGCACAAACUCUUCAGUCAAAGGUAAAUGAAACUUCUAUUUUAUAUUGUACAUAUUUCUUCCCAUUGGGUGUUCAAAAGAAAUUUAAAUUCAGGUAUCUUUUAUAAAAAAAAUUUUAGAUUUGUGCACUCAUUGGCAAAACAGCAAAAUUUUCAGUUCCUUCAACAGUACAUGUUAUUGUAUCACUGAGAACUGGGAAGAGCUAGUGUGGUCUUCAUACUUUAGACAUAGAAUAUGGCUAUUUUUCUUAGUCAUGUUUGGGUGGAUGGCACACUUUAAAUAGCUUCAAUUUUGGCAACCACUUGCAGAAGGAUCUUGUCAGAAUAAUUAAGCCUCUCCCCACUGCCUCUUUUUAAAAUAACUGAUUACAUCUCUAGGAAUAUUUUUUAUAGAAUUACGUUUUCAGUAUUCCAUAGGCAGGUCCACUGGAAAACUGCAGAAAAAUGUGUAAUAUCCUGGUAAAUAUUACACAUUUUAUAAGCCAUAUCUUAAAAGCCUGAGUACAUGGUAAAUAUUUACUUUUUCCUUCUUUCACUCAUGACAAGAAAAAAUAAACAUUGAUUUCAGGGUCUUCAGGAUGCCCAUCUUGCCAGGAAACUUCAGUUUACAGGUUAGAAAUAUGGGUAAUUUAUGUGCUUUUGUUUUAAAAAGUCUUUGAAUAAUUCUUUCAAUAUAUUGGUCAGCUUAAAAAAGGACUCAAAAUGACUUUAAAACCACUUUUCAAAAUAUUAGGUAUUUCUAAAAUUUAAAGUCAGCUUAUAAGUAGAAAUCGUAUUUUAUAGAAAGAACAUACGGUGAACUUUAGACAGAGCUGAGACACACCUCCCUCCCCAGCAAAGUAUUCUACAACUGAAAGAAAGCAAAUAGCAGUAUAUUGGUUUCAAGGUUAACACAGGAAAAUGUUGAUAUUUAGGUUAUCUGAUGAGACUCAUUGGUACUGAUUGGGAAGUAUUCUGUUUUCAAGUGUUUUAUGUAUUAAAAUGUUAAAAGAAUAGCAUGUGUCGAGUGAUAAAUGCAAAAUAUUUUAAGGUGAAAUGGUUCACAGUACAUUACUACUUUAGUUUCUGGGCACUUAAACUUGUACAGUGCUAUAAGCAAACAAGGGGAAAACCUACCUAAAUAAAGUAUGGUAAAUUUUUUUUAAAAACCCCUCAUUUCCUGUCUCAAGUGACAUCAACUAACAUUUUGUUCUUUAAAGAACCACGGUACCUUUUUUUUCUUGAGUUAUUUGAGUAUGUUUUUCACUGCUGUCUGAAGAUUUUGUAAUUGAGUAGCAGUGAAUAUACACAAUGUUUGAACUGCAGACUGUGAACCGCUGAUUGUGUAAAACUGCUUAAUAAAACUUGUUUUUCAAAUACA